AAUGUCAGAGUUCCUUGUCGCUUUAAUUCCCGCCACUAUCUACGUUAGUUGCCUUCUGACUUGCAUCUAUUCAUCUGUGAAGGAAGAAGGAAGAAGGGAAAAAAAAAAAGAAAAAGAAGUCUGGCCUCGCAUCAUCAUUAUUGUCAUCCGCCUCAUCCUCAUCCUCUUUUGCUUCUCCCUCUCCAACCAGCGGACAGACUCGAUCACCGUUCCGGCGCGCACGCGCAAACUGCUUCCACCUUCAUCACCUUCGCCUUAUGAGGUUGCAUUGCAGGUGUCGGCAUGCAGGCGCAUUAUUUUCGCUCGUCAACUAGCCCGAACCAGCCGGGAGGGUCUUAUGAGCUUCCCCCCGUGCACGCGGUGACUUCGCCGCCAGCGCCUCUUCUUCAACCGCCCGGCGGCCCACCACAACCACCACCCGCCGCUGGAGCUGCUUCGCUGCUUUCCGCACCGCCCAGUCGACCCGACAGCGGUCUGCGCAUGUCCCAUCUUCUGCAACCCUUGGCUCAGCAAAUACCAACCCCUCAAUCGUCAACCACCGCAACUUCUCUUCCGCCUUACUCGCGUUCUUAUGAGUCCAGCGGCUCGCCCGCCGAGGGCGCAUCUAUCCUCGCGGAUGCGCCAGGGCUCUCCGGGCCGGGACCGGGAAUGCUACAGCCGGUGGGUGGUGUGGCGGCUGGACCGCAUCCGCAUCAUCAGCAAUCGCAGCAGCCUCUACAACAGAAGAGGGCGUAUCGGCAGCGGAGGAAGGAUCCCAGUUGCGAUGCCUGUCGGGAGCGCAAGGUCAAGUGUGACGCCUCCGAGUCGUCCAGUUGCACAGAAUGCACCAACCGCAAGGUGCGCUGCCAAUUCACCAAGGAAACCAACAGACGCAUGUCGUCUAUUAAACAAGUUCAAGACCUGGAAAAGCAACUGCUGUCAACCAAGCAGCAACUCCAGCAACUACGAUCGGGGAUGCUAAGGUCGGACAAUCUGAUGGAUCUCGACAUUGAUGCAACAGGCCAACCGCAGCUGAAGCUACCGGAUAUUGGGUAUCGUCCCCCGCGCCGACCCAAGGCGCCCUUUGUGCCGGAUCUGACCCAGGCACGGAUUAACCUACGCAAGUACGGUCGAGGAAUUCUCAAAGUUCCUCCACCUUAUCGACAGCGGGGACCUAAGUCUUUGCUGACGACGGAUCCCCCACAACUUCCACCGAAAGACGUGGCUAAUCGCUUACUGGGGCAAUAUUAUUCUUGCAUCCACUCCAUUCUUCCCGUCAUUCACUGGCCUACCUUUGUGGCAGAGUACGAGAAGGUCUACCAAGCAGGCUCGCUACUGGGUAUCCCUCGGGAAUGGGCGGCGGUCCUAUUUGGUGUCUUCGCAUGCGGGUCUCUACACACCCUAGAACGGAACCGGGAACAGGAAGGCAAGGAGUUUGUGAAGAUCUGCUGCGGUGUCAUUGAUGUAUGGCAGGAUAACUUCACUCUGGACCAGGCCCGAGCGGCGCUACUGGCCAGUAUCUUCCUUUACGAAGCUAAUUCCCGGUCGGCCAGUUGGGUGUGGAUUGGGUCUGCGGUGAGAGUGGCCCAGGAGAUUGGGUUGCACCUGGAAUCCGGGCCCUGGUCACCUCUAGAGGGCGAGAUGCGCAAACGAGUAUGGUGGGGGAUGUACACCUGGGACCGGCUUCUUGCUCUAGAGAUGGGUAAACCAGUACUGAUCAAUGAUCAGGACUGUGAUGUCGAUCUCCCAUGCCCCGUUGAUGAACAGUACAUCUCAGAAGGCGGUGGUGUACCGGAGAGCCCACAAACAAGUCCCCUUCUUGCAAGUAUUCAUGUCGUCCGCUCGAUCGGACAGCUGUCUAGAACCCUGAAGAGCCCAACGAUCAGUCCGGCCACCUUGGAAACUUUUGAGCGACACUUCAAUGCCUGCUUGGCUACAUUCCCCUCGCAAUAUCUGCCGCGGUCCGAGCAAUACCUCGACCCCCGUUCUCUUGCACCCAUAAUCUAUCUCCAGAACGCACGACUCCUUCUUCAUCGGCACAAUAUGGCCCCAUACUGCAGUCCCGAGGCGCGAGCGUCGGCGUUGGAGUUCUGUGUGUCUACCGCCCAGGAUACUGCCCGUCUUCUUUCGCGCUGUAUGCGACCUCCCCCCGCCAGCCCGCGUCAUGGACACCCGACAAGCAGCGGCGAGGAUUGGCGACCACUAGUCGCCUCAUCAGCUGGGGCUAUGCUAUGCGUUCAUCUCUGGCGCUGCGUGCUGCUGCUUCUUUUUCGCCAAGAAUAUGCCGCUGCAUUGGUCUGCGUACAAGCCAGUGCUGCGAUUGGGGACUCACGCGCGGUGAAUGCAGCCUGCGGACAAUACUUGGCAUUUUUCUUGAACGCGCUACUUCAACGCAGCGAGACCAUUAUAGCCGAUCGUGACGAAGAGCUGAUUGCAUAUGUUUCUGGAGACAUGCAAGGAACGAUUGAAAGCAGUUGGGUAUGGCAAGGAAGCGAAACAGGCUCUCAACUCGAAACGAUGUCCCCCAAACUCAACAGUCCUACCGCAUAUCCACGCCCCGAGAUGGAGAUCACGGAGAAUUGGGAAGGUUGGGCUUGGGUUGAGCAGAGCGUACGGUAUUUGAGUGAGAGACAGCAGCAGCAGCAGCAGCAACAACAACAACAACAACAACAUCAUCUUAAGCCAGCGGAAUCGUCUUACCUGGGACCUGACGCAGCAGCCAUCAGCUCUGAUGCAACCACACCCCAGUCAAGCUCAUCUCAUUCGCGCAUGACGAUCGCCAGUAUCAUUUAAGGGGUAAUGCAUAAAAAGAUUAUGCACAGCACCCGGUGGGGUUCGUUGUCAUCUGGUUCUUUUGCCAGGUCAUGUCCAGUCUCUCAGAAUGAGCGC